AUGGCGAUAGCCGGUAAAGGGCCUACUAUUGUCGCAGUGAUGUGGACGGAGACUGUUAUAGCUCUAAUGGCAAUUGGUCUUAGACUCUACACGAAAGGAUUCAUCACGCGAAAUGUGGGAUUCGAUGAUUAUCUGAUCAUAGUCAGCUGGUUUAUGUUGAUGCCAUACACAGUGGCCUGCACGGCAGCUACAACUCAAGGGUUCGGUCAACAUUCUUCGGAUCUCACCAUUGAGGCUUUCGCAAAUGCCACCCGAUCGGAGAUCAUUGGUCAAACUUUCUGCAUAAUCGGCAUAGCCACUAGCAAAGCUUCAGCAUCGGUGUUUCUGCUGAGACUUGCAGUUGUCGAGUGGCACAAAUGGAUUCUUUACAUCACCAUGUUUGCGGUCACUGGUAUCGCCGUCGUAUGCGCUCUGUUUGACUUCAUUCGGUGUGAUCCGAUAGCUCACGUUUGGAACCCGUACAUUCCUGCCAAAUGUUGGGUCUCCACAGAACAAUUUACUGCUAUGUCACUCGCCGUUGGAGCAGCAGACUUCAUUCUCGCUGCGCUACCAUGGAUCAUACUUUGGAAGUUGAAUAUGAAGAAGAAGGAGAAAAUUCUUAUCACAUCAUCCAUGAGUUUGGGAAUUUUUGCUAUGGUGUGUGGUGUAAUUAGAACAGUGACCCUAAACGGUCUCUCGUCAAGAUCUGAUUAUUCCUAUGAAACCAUAGGUUUGAUAUUGUGGUCGUCUACCGAACUAAUGAUUACGAUCCUGACUGCAACAAUACCCACUUACCGACCACUAUACAAAGCCUUGAGAGGUUCAUUAUCAAGUACGGGUAGGCGUUCCAGUCGAGGAUAUCGACUGGAUAAUCUAGAGGAGGAAGGAAAAAAAGAUUUACCACCCCCUGCCGUAAAAAGACGACCCAAAAACGACACAACUUUAAUGGCGACAGCUAUGAGUGAUAAUGAGCACAAUGAUUACCAUAGUGAGCGAGCUAUUCUGGCAUCUGGCAAGGGAGUACAAUAUUCAGACUCUUGA